GUGCGUAAAUGCCGUUCUCCAGUCCUCAAAAGACAAGAAGCGUAACUUCCUGGAGACAGUUGAAUUGCAAAUCGGUCUGAAGAACUAUGACCCCCAGAAGGACAAGCGUUUCUCCGGCACUGUCAAGUAUGUUUACCUGGAAAGAGCAUUUUCGUGGACAUGAUCCAUCUCUUAAUCGUUUAUCCAUUAUUUGUACUACCAAGUGCAACUUAUCCACGUGUUAGUAAUUGUCCACUAAAAUGUAUCUGGACAGGGAGUCAGCUUAUCUGACGGGACUUAAACCCUGAGUCCUAAAAUAUUGGGUAGGUAUGCUAUUGGUUUACCGAAAUAGAUAAAGGUUCCGUGAUGCUAUUCAGGAAUGUGGUUGAGGCUAAAGUACAUUCCGAGACCAAAGAUGCAAGUUUGUGUUCUUGGAGACCAACAGCACUGUGAUGAGGCUAAGCAGUUGGAAGUGCCAUGCAUGGAUGCUGAAGCCCUAAAGAAGCUUAACAAGAACAAAAAACUUGUCAAGAAAUUGGCCAAGAAGUUUGAUGCUUUCCUUGCAUCGGAAUCACUCAUCAAACAGAUCCCGCGUCUGCUUGGUCCCGGUUUGAACAAGGCUGGCAAGUUCCCUGGUCUUCUCUCCCACCAAGAGUCCAUGACUCAGAAGAUUGAUGAAGUGAAGGCUACCAUCAAAUUCCAGAUGAAGAAGGUACUCUGCCUUUCUGUGGCAGUGGGCCAUGUGGAUAUGACUCCUGAUGAGUUGGCACAAAAUGUCCAUUUGUCAAUCAACUUCCUCGUUUCUCUAUUGAAAAAGCACUGGCAGAAUGUGAGGUCGCUACAUAUGAAAUCUACCAUGGGCCCACCUCAGAGGUUGUACUAAUUGUACUUUACAAUAAAAACUGACUUUAAAACCUAA